CCAUGGCUUUGAUCUCGCUGGAAGACCUGGAGGCGUUGGACGACGAGGAGGUGACCGAUGACAUCACAGAUAAUCCUGAACCAAUGGGUGAGGAGGACAGUGACCGGCUGCUCGCUCAGUGGCAGGCUGUGGCCAGCACUCACCAUGUGGCUGUUCCUCCAGAAAUGACUGGACCCAUCCAGGAAAUGACCAGGAACAGCCAGCAGAGGGAACGCCUCCCCUAUGAUGUCAUCUCUCAGCACGAGAAGAUGGGGGCGCUGCAGUUCGAGGAGCGGGUCUACCCGGCCGGGCACUGGGCCUGUGUGACCCGCUCAGAGUCUCUGUACGAGCAGAGCAUCUCCAUGGGCUUCAUGAAGCUGAUGCGUUUCAUCUGUAAGGAGAACUCUGCAGGCCGGUACCUGGGCAUGACGGUGCCGGUGGUCAACAGCAUCCGCGUGGCGGAAGACGGGCGCACCUUCCACAAAGAGGUGGAGACCGCCAUGUUCCUGCCCGGCGGCCUGCAGAGCAGCCCCCCCCGGCCCUCCGACCCCGACAUCGCCGUCCUCCACCGCGGUCCGAUCCGAGUCAUCGCCAGACCCUUCCUCGGGACGACCACAGAAGUGACGGUGGGCCGUCAGAUCAGCCUCCUGUGGGAGGCGCUGGGCCUGGACGACCACAUCCACCAGGACCACUACAUGGUGGCCGUUUACGAAAACCCCGGAGUGCCUCAGCGCCGCAAUGAGAUCUGGUUCAUCCGGAGACACCUAUAGGCCCCUCCCACUGCUGCUGGAAUCGUGUUCUCCCCGUCCACUCCUGGUGAACGGCUUCUGGCGCUCCGACCGGAUCAGGAUCCAGGAAGUCUCAUCUGAUCUCGUCUGAAUGCUGACAUCACUUCCUGUUACUGUCGUACUGCUUUAUGUUGUGUUCUUAGUAAUACUAUGCAGGAUGUGAUUAAGUAGUGUGGCAGGAGGCGGUCCGUCUUUGGUCCUGCCUCCAAUCUCUGCACAUGCUCAGUCUGGACUGAAGGUUUGUAUCUGAUGGUCUGACGUCUGCAGUGAUCAAUCUUCACACUUCAGCCAAGAGGAACCGUUUCAGCCGGUUGAUCCGCCGGGACAGACUUAAACCGGUUUGAUUUAAAUGAUUCUGUACGUCUGCUCCAGUUUAAACCGGUUUGAUUUAAACAA